AUGUCUCAAUAUUUUAUAGAUUCACCUACUAAUGUAGGUGUAUCUAACCGUUCAAAUGCCUUGGCUACCAAGGUAUUACCAGGCGCAGAUUUUGGGGGGAAAUUCACCAAUUUCAAUAUUUUACCGACCGUAUACAAGGUGGUUGAUGGCCAUGAAAUUCGAGCCAAUCUGAUAUUUCCAAGGUCUAUACCGACAGGCAAAGCACCAGUCGUCGUUCACUUCCAUGGUGGUGGACUUAUAACAGGAGAUUCUCUUUAUGAAGCCUGGUUUCCUCUAUGGCUACUGGAUUUAGCAGAAGCACAUGGUGCUGUCAUCAUCUCGGCAAAUUACCGUUUUCUUCCUGAAGUAACUGGGCUCGAGAUAUUGGACGAUAUUGACGACUUCUGGACUUGGAUACACUCAGAAAGUCUUACAAACCUAUUGCUACUAGUGCAAGAAGAUUUCCCAAUCAAGCUUGAUUUGGAUCGGAUUCUUACUGCGGGAGAGUCGGCCGGUGGCUUGCUGAGCAUUUACCUCACUCUAUCUCAACCAGAUAAAAUCCGUGCCGGGACUGCGGCUUAUCCAGCUCUCGGUUACGAUGAUCCGCUUCUAUUGCCUGCAGGUAAAAGCUCACUCUUGCCAGAUUUGCCGAAAUCAUUUAUCGAGGAAUAUCUCGCCAAUCGGAAGCCAGGAUACGUAGUGUCUUCUGAUCCGACACUUCAGCGUAUCAAACUGACAAGUGCAAUUUCUGGAAACAAAAGAACCAUGGAGUUUUAUACGCGGGACUCGGAGAAUUCCCCACAUCGCGACCGUUUGUAUCAGCUCUCUAGGCUUGACAAGCCAGAUGCAAAGUUACCUCGAGGCGGUUUGGUUAUUCUUCAUGGUCUUGAGGACGACGUUGUGUUGGUAGAGGCCAGUGAGCGAUUUGUUAAUAAAGCGAGAGAUGUGCUAAAAGGCAAGCAGGGUGGUGAUAAGGUGGUUUUAGCUACGCAACCUGGUGUUCAUGGAUUUGAUACAGAUGUUCAUUUGAAGGAACCGUGGUUGAGCGAGGCGCUCAAGACUGCCAUAGGCACCUGGUUAGAGUGA